CGAGGUUUCAUUUAUCAAUGCAUGAUAAAGUCCCAACCAGUUUUUGAAAAAGCUAAUGCGAUGUGGUUCAUUGGUUCAUCCUUUAUCAUAGGCAAGCAUGCUUUCCACAGAGCAAAUGGCUUUCGAUGUAACUCUCAGUCAAGUUUUGGCCAGUCUCCAAUAAGGCUUUAUGUCGCGUUACACACUGUUCUCUGAAAUAAUGGUAGAAGGAGUUGUACCACCAAGAGUGCAAAUGGUCAAUGCCUGGCCCAAUUUCAAUGUUUGUGACUCAGCUCAAAAGCCUCUCAACCUUCAGUGUGGUAUGAACAUCAACAGCACCACACCAUGACUUCAAAAAUGCAGGCUUUUCCCUUCGAUUCUACCAAUGUGCCUGUUCCUGAAGUUGCCAAUCAUAUGUCCAGAUCUCCGUUUCCGGAAAGUUCAAUGUCGACGCCAGUACCCACUUCAUCCCGUACUAAACACCCGAGCAAUGCAAGAACACGAACACUAGACCGAGAUGAAUCAGACGCUUUCUUCUCUACACCAGCAUCGCAGGCGAUGCCGACUAUCAAUGGUCGCCUAUUGGACAACAGCGGCCUGAAUCCGUAUCCAGCUGCCUCUCCACCCACAAAACAUGCUUCCCGUAGAAUGACUAGUGAUAGUGAGAUGAAAUCAAGGCGUUCGAAGCUGGAAAUCCUGAAUGAUCCUCUACUACAUCAAACGUUCUUUUACCAAUCGAGAGGAACGACAGAAGAUCUUUUUCCUUCCCAUCUUGUCGGAUUCGCUGAAUAUGGCAACCCAGAUGGCCAUGCGGUGAUGCUCAUCGGGGGUCUAGGUUGCUCAAGAUUAGUAGGUGUCAUGUUUCAUGACAUCAGUAAACGAUAUGGAAUACGACUGAUUAUACCAGAGCGCCUGGGGUAUGGAUUGACGGAAGCAUGCAGCGCGCUCAACAUGACUGUAAUGCAAUGGGCAGAUGUGGUUGUCCAAUUGGCGGACCACUUGCGUAUAAAACGAUUUAGUCUAAUUGGACAGUCUGUCGGAGCCGUGUUUUCGUUGGCGGUGGCUAAGAAGUAUCCCAAUCGUGUUGUUGGCACCGUCCAUUUGAUCUCACCAUGGGUUCCAACAGCAGCAGCGAACACGUUCAAGUGGACUAAGCGAUUACCAGGUGGAUUGAUGACCCGCACCUUAACAUUAGGCAUGGACGCUAUGUGGACCAUCAACAAAGUAUCCAAUUCACCUUCCGCUAACUGGAUGUCAAUGUCGGGAAUGGCUGAUGCUAGUCAGCGGUCAAGCACUGAAUCGUCUGGGAUCUCCCGGAAUAGUAGCAUGUCUGGGAAAAUGAGCUCGGCUACCUCUCCCACAUCCUCCAACUUUCAUUCGGCCUUGAUGGCGUUAGAGGAGGAUGAGCUUCUAGCAUCUUUAGAUGACGACUAUGCAGAUAUACCGACGGAUUUCCCUCCCCAUCGACCGCUGCGACAUAUGGUUCGCCUGCAACAGAUGUCCCUAUUCCUUGGAAUGAACAAAAUGAGGAUGGCGGAACCCUCGUCCGAGGGUCAAACUAAUGAUGUCCUGGUAGCCCUCGAAAAAUACCACCCCUUUGGCUUCAGUUUUUCUGAUAUCGAUAUUCCAGUCUCUGUAGUUUGGGGUGAUAAGGAUAACCUGAUCCCAUUACGAGGUAUAGAAUGGAUGGCUAGUACAAUGAAAGACGUUAGAGUUAAAGUUUUAGAAGGUGAAGCGCAUGAUCUUGUAUGGAAAGAAGGAGUCAUGGAAUGGGCUCUAAGAGGCAUUCUUGCCUCCACUUCAAUUAAAUCAUAGAGUAAACUCGUAAUUAUAUGGGUACUACAAGGUUGUAUAGACCAGCA